GGGCGGGCGCUGUGCGCAAAGGGGAGGGGUAGGCGGGCGGCGCCGGCGGCUUCAACUGCGGCAGCUACACGGCUGGGGCGUGCGGAAGAAGAAUCCCCAUCAGCCGGCGGCCGAGUUAGGCCCGAGCAGCGCCGGGGGCCGCUCGCGUUGUCCUCUGCGGGGGAAAUCUCCAUAGAGACGGUGACACACACAGAGGCGGGGGUCCGCGGGAGCCUGCGGGACCGGAGAGCCAGCUCCUCGGCCUCUGUGGCCUCCCCGCCCCGCUCCCCCCACCUCGCUGCCGCCAGCGCGCAUUCUCUUCUCCGCUCCUGCUCGCCGCUCCGCGGUUCCCGGUGGGCCUGGGCCCCCGCUGUGAGGGCAGCGCGGGCGGACUCUUGGGGGCUGGGGCCGGGCGAGGCGAGGCGGGGGGCGGGGGUCCUCUGAGGCCGCCUCUGCCUCUCCCGCCCCGGAGGGGGAAGCCGCGGAGGCUCCGCCAUGGCCUCGGGAGCCGGAGGCAGAGGAGGGGGCGGUGGCGGCGGCAAGAUCCGGACGCGGCGUUGCCACCAGGGCCCGAUGAAGCCUUACCAGCAGGGGCGACCGCAGCACCAGGGCAUUCUUAGCAGGGUUACAGAAUCUGUUAAGAAUAUUGUGCCUGGAUGGCUACAGAGAUAUUUCAGCAAGAACGAAGAUGUAUGUAGCUGCUCAACAGACACAAGAGAGGUGCCACAGUGGCCAGAAAAUAGGGAAGAUGACCAUAUAUACUCUGAUGAGGAGAGUGCGAACAUUCAUGAUGGGAGAAUCACUCCUGAGCCAACAGGCAGUAAUACAGAAGAACCCUCAACAACUAGUACUGCUUCAAAUUAUCCAGAUGUAUUAACAAGGCCUUCUCUUCAUCGGAGCCAUUUGAAUUUCUCCAUGUUGGACUCUCCUGCGUUACACUGUCAGCCCUCUACAUCUUCGGCAUUCCCCAUCGGCAGUUCUGGAUUUUCCCUCGUAAAGGAAAUUAAAGAUUCUACCUCUCAGCAUGAUGAUGAUAACAUCUCAACCACCAGUGGGUUUUCUUCAAGAGCUUCUGAUAAAGAUAUAGCUGUUUCAAAGAACACUUCAGUGCCACCUCUGUGGUCCCCAGAGGCUGAACGUUCUCAUUCAUUCUCACAGCACACUGCCACCAGCUCAAAAAAACCAGCAUUCAACUUGUCUGCCUUUGGAGCACUUUCUCCUUCACUUGGGAACUCUUCAAUUUUUAAAACAAGUCAACUUGGAGAUUCUCCUUUUUACCCUGGAAAAACAACAUAUGGUGGGGCAGCAGCCGCUGUAAGACAGUCUAAACUACGAAACACACCAUAUCAGGCACCAGUCAGAAGACAAAUGAAAGCUAAGCAACCCAACGCACAGUCCUAUGGUGUCACUAGUUCAACAGCUCGGAGGAUAUUGCAGUCCUUAGAGAAGAUGUCAAGUCCUCUAGCGGAUGCAAAAAGAAUUCCAUCUGUUUUUUCUUCUCCUCUGAAUUCUCCUCUUGAUAGGAGUGGGAUGGAUACCACCACAGACCUUCAGGCCAAAAGGGAAAAGGUGGACUCUCAGUACCCCCCUGUUCAGAGACUCAUGAUCCCAAAGCCAGUUUCCAUAGCAGCAAACCGAACUGUUUAUUUUAAACCAUCUUUGACUCCAUCUGGUGAAUUAAGGAAGACUAAUCAAAGAAUAGAUAAAGAGUACAGUACUGAUUAUGAAAAAAAUACAACACCAGGACAAAAUAGAGAGCAACAAGAAAGUGGCUUUUCUUAUCCAAAUUUCAGUAUGUCUGCAGCCAAUGGUAUAUCUCCUGGAGUAGGUGGUGGAGGUGGCAAGAUGAGGCGAGAGAGAACACGUGUUGUGGCAUCUAAACCUCAAGAGAAGGAGGAAGUGGAAGUACCAGUAUUACCGAAGAUCUCUCUACCCAUCACCAGUUCUUCACUGCCUACCUUCAAUUUUAGUUCUUCUGUGAUCACAACUUCCUCUCCGUCACCCAUUAGUCCUUCACAAUCAUUAACAAAUAAGGUACAAGUGACCUCUCCAAACAGCACUGGCAGCCCCUUGUUUAGAUUUUCAUCUCCAAUUGUAAAAUCUACUGAGUCAGAUGUACUACCUCCGUCAUCUAUUGGAUUUACAUUUAGUGUGCCUGUGGCAAAAACAACAGAACUUUCUGGCUCUAGUAGUGUUUCAGAACCAAUUACAAGUAGUUCAGCUCAAGAUACCACUGCAGUGAACAGUACAAGCUAUAAGAAGAAGCAAGAUGAAGAUUGCGAGAGCCCUUUCAGAGCGGCGAAAACCCUGAAAGAAGGAAGUGUCUUAGAUGUUCUGAAGAGCCCUGGUUUCGCGUCACCGAAGGCAGAUUCUCUUGCUGCUCAACCUGCCACCACAAGCCCGGUAGUUCACACAAGACCAGCAAUAAGCAGCUUUUCUUCUAGUGGAACUGGGUUUGGGGAAGGUUUAAAAGCUGGGUCGUCGUGGCAGUGUGAUACUUGUCUACUCCAGAACAAAGUCACAGACAACAAAUGCGUAGCCUGCCAAGCAACAAAAUUGCUACCAAAAGACUCUGCUAAACAUACUGCAACCGGGACACCAAGUAAAAGUGGCAGACUGACUGUUUCCACACCAGGGACGGCAGGCUUCGGAGACAGAUUUAAACCAGCAGUAGGAACUUGGGAUUGUGAUACCUGUUUAGUGCAGAAUAAACCUGAAGCGAUAAAAUGUGUAGCUUGUGAAACACCGAAACCGGGAACUGGUGUUAAGCGAGUCCUUACGUUGCCAGUGGCUUCAGAAAGUGCUGUAACUGUGGCUGCUUCCUCCUCCAGCUGCACUGUGACCACUGGUGCCUUAGGAUUUGCAGAUAAAUUCAAAAGGCCCGUGGGAUCUUGGGAGUGUCCAGUGUGCUGUGUUUCUAAUAAUGCAGAAGACAAUAAGUGUGUGUCCUGUAUGUCUGAGAAACCAGGAAGUUCAGUACCUGUUUCAAGCAGCAGCACGGCCCCCCCAGUCUCCCUAUCAUCUGGAGGCUGCCUAGGAUUGGACAAGUUCAAGAAACCUGAGGGAAGCUGGAACUGUGAAGUGUGCCUAGUGAAGAAUAAAGCAGAGUCUACCAUAUGUAUAGCAUGUGAAACUGUAAAGGCACACACAAAGCCCGAGUUUACAGGCUUCAGCACAUCUUCCUCAUCUUCGAACGCAGCAACCUCAUCCUUCAAGUUUGGCAUUCCAUCACCCUCUUCUGGGCCCUCUCAGACGUUAGCCAACACUGGGAACUUUAAAUUUGGAGAUCAAGGAGGCUUCAAAAUUGGCAUGUCAUCAGAUUCGGGGUCUGCAAACCCCUUGAGUGAAGGCUUCAAAUUUUCUAAACCCAUAGGAGAUUUUAAAUUUGGAGUUUCAUCUGAUUCUAAACCUGAAGAAGUCAAAAAAGACAGUAAAAAUGACAGUAACUUUAAGUUUGGACUUUCUUCUGGUUUAAGCAAUCCAGCUCCUUUAGCUCCAUUUCAGUUCGGGGUGUCUAGUCUCGGGCAGCAAGAAAAGAAAGAAGAACUGCCUAAAUCUUCAUCGACAGGCUUUAGCUUUGGUUCAGGUGUCAUUAACCCUACCCCCGCUGCUGCUGCUGACACCGCGGUGACCUCUGAGAGCAAGAGUGGCUUCAGUUUUGGAACCACAGACACGAAGAGUGUGUCUGUGGCUCCUUUCACGUGUCAGACUUCAGAAGCAAAAAAGGAAGAAACACCUGCUACCAAAGGAGGGUUUGCUUUUGGCAGCGUGGACCCUGCCCCUCUGCCAUCAGCCUCAUUAUUUGUUUUGGGAAGGACAGAAGAGAAACAGCAAGAGCCUGUCACUUCUACAUCUCUCGUGUUUGGGAAGAAAGCUGACAAUGAAGAGCCGAAGUGCCCACCGGUGUUCUCCUUUGGGAAUUCAGAGCAAACCAAAGAUGAGGGCUCUUCCAAGUCAACCUUCAGUUUCAGCAUGGUGAAACCAUCUGAGAAGGAAUCCGAGCAGCCAGCAAAGCCCGCUUUUGCUUUUGGUGCUCAAACCAGUACUGCAGCUGAUCAAGGUGCGGCCAAGCCAGUUUUUAGUUUCUUGAACAGCAGUUCCUCUAAUUCAAGUGCACCAGCCACUUCAGCUGGUGGUGGCAUAUUUGGUAGUUCCACCUCGUCCUCCAGCACGCCUGUGGCUGCCUUUGUGUUUGGACAGGCCAGCAAUCCCGUGAGCAGCUCUGCCUUUGGAAAUGCUGCCGAAUCUAGUACAUCUCAGUCUUUGCUGUUUUCUCAAGAGAGCAAACCAGCAACCACAUCAAGCACGGGUACAGCUGUCACCCCAUUUGUCUUUGGCACGGGAGCCAGCAGUAAUAAUACUGCAAGCUCUGGCUUCAGCUUUGGAGCUACAACCACAUCUAGCUCUGCAGGAUCCUCCUUUGUGUUUGGCACUGGAGCUUCAGCACCAUCUGCCAGUCCAGCGUUUGGUGCUAACCAGACCCCAACAUUUGGACAAAGUCAAGGUGCCAGCCAGCCUAACCCCCCAGGUUUUGGAUCUAUACCAUCUUCAGGGGCAUUAUUUUCUGCUGGUUCUCAGCCUGCACCACCUACUUUUGGGACAGUGUCAAGCAGUGGACAGCCUCCUGUGUUUGGGCAGCAGCCUAGUCAGUCUGCAUUUGGCUCUGGAACAGCUCCUAAUUCCAGUUCCAUUUUCCAGUUUGGCAGCAGCACUGCGACAAAUUUCAACUUCACCAACAACAAUCCGUCAGGAGUGUUCACAUUUGGUGCGAGUCCCAGCACACCCGCGGCCUCAGCCCAGCCCUCUGGCUCAGGCGGCUUUCAGUUUAGCCAGGCUUCAGCAGCGUUUACUGUGGGGUCAAAUGGGAAAAACAUGUUCUCUUCUUCUGGAACUUCGGUUUCUGGUCGAAAGAUAAAGACUGCUGUUAGACGCAAGAAAUAAAGGUCAUGGUGUGUUACACACACUGUUAACAGCUGGUGCACUGCUUUCAGAUACUGGAUUGUACUAUAAUACUGGGUUAUCUGAAGUCAGAUCUGCCUAAGGACUUCUUUAAUUUGGGAAUUUUCCUCCUUUUUUCUUUAUAGAAGCCCAACUUCACCUCUCCCACCCCCCCUUUUUAAAAAAAUAAUAGCUAGACUGGUGACUGAUUCUUCAGCAAAAUUAUUUUAUGAUCCAGCAAAUUAUUCACUGAUUUGGCAUAGGCUGGCAGAACCCAGGAAUCGAGUCUGCUCGGAGAAUGGCUUUGUAUAGAACCUCUUCGUCUGCACCACCGUGCGCGUUGAUAUGCGUUUAUGGAACGCAUUGCAAUUGUAAUUAUAUCUGAGGAAUUCUGUAUAGACUAGAGAAUGUUGAAAUGAAUGAUUUCUAUGCUGAGUUUGUGCUGGUGUAUGUGUGAAGUGAGUGAGUUGGGUGUAUCGUGCACUAAAAUUUUCUGAUAGAGGAAGCCUGAUUAAAGAAUGGUCCAUGCUAAGGACUUGUUAGAUCUAGUUCGUUCUCCAUUUAAUAAUUAUAUGCUAUUUCUAUAUUGUCAUUCUUCUGACUAUCACCUGUCUUGCCUUUUUCAUUAUUUUAUUAUGAAACUUGUGUAAAUACAAUCUUGUUUCUGUACUUUUUUGGCAUAACAUAAAUCUGUGAAUUUGAAAUUUUAAUUUUGUGUUAGAAAUUUUUUUUGUUUGUUUAGUCUUGUCUCAGAUUUUAUUAUGUAAAUCCCAUUAUUCAAAGUUGCCUAAAUCCAUUUGGAAAUCUUUAAAAAAAAAAAAAAAUUGGGGAUUCUUAAAGUGAGUUUAUUGGCUUUUCUGAUCCAGUUUUUGUUUGGACCAAAAACCAGUAUUGUACAAAGUAUUAAGCAUAUAUUUUUAUAUUUACUGAAAUGGACUGUGGUGACUUUGGAUAAUAAGGAAAAGUUUAAUAUUAAAGCCAUGUUUAUUACAGUAUAAUUAACAUGUUAAACCAUGGGAUAAAUGCCAUCAAUAAAAAAUUAUGAAAUACUUUUUGCUCUAGUGUUAAAUUAUAGUGAAGGUAAAAGUGUUAGUGGAAGGGAAUCUUUUUAUAGAAGUUGACAGUGGUCAGUUAGAGAAAUUCCAAAGAAUACAUUUAAGUGAUUUGGACAGCUCCUAAGUGAAAGGGAAAUGUCUGAAGGUACGCUCGCUGCAUUUUUGUCUGGUGCUAGGAAUCAUGCCUACUUUGCAUAUAAAUUGACAUACCUUUUAAAAGUAGAAAAUAAAUGGAAACAACAAUUUCUGUUUGUACUUGUAUCUUCCUUCAUUGGUGACUAGACAGUGUUUAUUGACUGAAUUUUUGGAGAUACAUACCCCAAGUGGCCCACAAAAACUUCAGUGGUCCUUUUGUCCGAUUUCUUUUGGAUUGUUUUAUGGAUUUUUUUUUUUUUUAAGAAGUAGAUUUCUUUGUUAUGGCCCAUAAAAGAACUCUUGGGGGAGAGCAUUUGAUAACUUUAUUCUUCAAUUUGAACAUAUAAUUUUAUGGUGACUUUUAUUUUACUGAACUUGUAGUUAGACUCUAAAAUCAGUACUUUAAAAUGUUUGAGCUUUUCUGUGUUUCCAGGGAAAUGAUUUCUGUUACUGAAAUGUCUUAGGCCUUCAUCACGUGCUAGCUUUGGAGUAGGAAUUUUCUAUUUAUAAUUCUCAACUUAUUAAAUAAUAAAUGUUUGACAUGAA